ACUUUCGAAGGAUAGUGUAACACACGACGUCGGAAUAUGAAUUAGCGUCGGAAGAUAGUGAAAAUUCGGCGUUAUAUGUUUCGUGCUACAGGUGAUGAUAUUUAUAAAAAUUCGACUAAAACGUUAUUACAUAAUGGUGUAAAUUGAAUAAAAAUAAGGUGAUAUAAACUGUUAAAAUAAGCUCUACUAUGACGACUACUGAAUCAGAUGCGAAAAAUGAAACACUGUACUUUUAUAAAACUAUCUCGAUCGCUACUACAAAUUUAACAAUAUUUGUCGAAGAGCAGAAAGAAAACUGGUGGGCAUUAUCAGCAUUCGGGCUUGUGGUUGGUACAGCAGCUGGAAAUAUUUUAGUAUGUCUCGCUAUUUGUUGGGAAAGAAGACUUCAAAACGUAACUAAUUACUUCUUGAUGUCCUUGGCUAUUACGGAUUUGAUGGUAGCCAUUUUGGUGAUGCCUCUAGGAAUAUAUACACUCUUUCGUGGUUAUUUCGCCUUGCCAUCAAUUUACUGCCUCGCAUGGAUUUGCCUUGAUGUUCUUUUCUGUACAGCCUCAAUAAUGCAUCUAUGUACGAUCAGCGUGGAUAGAUACCUUUCACUAAGGUAUCCAAUGAAGUUUGGUAGGAAUAAAUCAAGAAGAAGAGUGAUUUUCAAAAUAAUUUUUGUGUGGUUGCUGUCAAUAGCUAUGAGUCUACCUCUUAGCUUGAUGUAUUCAAAGGAUCAAGGCUCAUUAAUUAUAGAUGGUACGUGUCAAAUUCCUGAUCCGCUCUUCAAAGUUGUUGGAUCAAUAAUAUGCUUUUACAUACCUCUAUUGGUUAUGCUCAUGACGUAUGCACUAACAGUGAGACUGUUAGCCAGUCAAAAGCAAAAUUUAGCUACACCUGAUUGGUCAAACAACUGGAUAGCGGGAGCAACUCCUUCACCAAUUGAUCGGAAGUGUACCUGGCGUCGAUUUUUAAACUCCUCUAAAGCAGGGAACAAACUAAACACUCAUUCAGUGGCAUCGACUGAUACAGAAUUGACUACUUUAGAUACGCACGAGUUGUGGAUACAGGACUCAGAACCAAAACCUUGCACUAUGAGUGCUUUGGGACAAUUCGGCACGGAGAUGCUAAAAUUGUCAAGAGGAUUAGAAGCGGCCUCAAAUAGUUUUGCCAAGGCAUCGGAGAAAAUAAGUACUCCGGUUUCUUCGUCAAAUACGUUGAAAUAUGAUUCUGCUAACAAAAGUGAAGAAAAUCUAGGAAAUUCUCAUUCCUCACUACUAAGUUCUGAAUAUGGGUCGUUUCAGUUUAGAAGAAGAAGGGCAUCCACGUUUGAUGGAGGAGAAAAUAAAAGUAAAUAUCUCUCUCCUCAAUGGCGGAAGCGCCGGGCAAGUUUUCAUGAAAGCGUUGACCCAGACUCUAGCAAGAAAAAUAGUACAAAUGAAAAAAUUGAAAGUGAUUACACUCUUCCUAAACCGUGUACCUGUCCUUACUUUGGAAAUCCUAACAAUAAACCUCCACUUCCAGAACUGAAAAUAGUACCUAGUGAAGUCAUUGAAUCGUCAUUGAAUAAAAUAAAGAGAAAUAACGAUUUAUUGCAUAUACCUCAGAAGAGAUCUCCAGGUAGAAGUUCUGAUUCCCCCGGUAGUGUUAUGGUGACAUGGGAGCAAAAGGGAAAUAAUCGAAGAGGUUCAAGUUUCACAGCAAAAACAUCCCAUCUAGCAGUUUCUUUAACACAUAAUACACAAAAAACACAUUUUUUAAGACGAGCUGCAACACUGCGUCAAACUGGAAAAUCUACCGGUAGUGGCUUGGCUAAUAAGAAAAAUCCUUCCUCUCCUUGUCUACUGCAACGCUACAAUUAUAACAAUUCCAGCACAACAACAAGAAAUAUUCGUCCGCAUCACAGUCGAAAUUCCAGUGUUAUAUCGAGAAACUCUUCUCGUCAUGGUCGAAUAAUUCGAUUGGAGCAAAAAGCUACUAAAGUUCUGGGUGUAGUAUUUUUCACGUUCGUUAUAUUAUGGGCACCUUUUUUUAUAUUGAAUCUUGCGCCAAUUUAUUGCUCCCACUGCGAUAAAAAUAUGGAAAACUGGAUUGUACAAUUAGUAACAUGGUUAGGUUACGCAAGUUCUAUGGUAAAUCCCAUAUUUUAUACAAUAUUCAACAAAAUUUUUAGGCAAGCAUUCAAAAAGGUACUUUUAUGUCGCUACAGAAAAACCAAAUGGAGACCGCAUAGGUGACAGAUAAAGUUAUCAAAAAACCGAACAGUCAGUUGUGCAGUCAAUUUGUAGAACAGAUAUACGAGGAAUGCCGUAUAUAACAAGAAACAUAUCGUUAUAUUGGUUCAAGAAAUUAAUAAUCUCUUAAAAUAGUAAUUAAACUUUAAUUUCUAACUAUAUAUCACAAAUAGUUUUACAUACUUUUUUAUGUAUUAGUUAUGAUUUUAGCGGGUUGCUAAAAGCUAAUUUACCAAUAUUUCAACUCUUUUAAAAAUAGGAAUAAAUAAAAAACCUUUAUACAUAAAGUGCACAGAAUAACUUUUUCUUUGUAGAAUGAUUGAAUGAAACAUUCUUUCUUAUGGGAUACUCUGUACUUUUUUCUCCGGUGCUCGUAUAUAUACUUCUAAAUUUAUGAGACAAAAUUCAGGAGGAGAUUGCUCGAAUGAUAUCAAGUCUUUCCCAUAACAAAACUCCAUGGAUUGUGGCUAGAGGUGGUUAUUUCCAGCAUUUAUUAUGAAUCUUAUAUCAUUUUAGAUCUUUACUAAUAAUAGAGAAUAUUUUCAAAUAAAAAAUCUUCAAAAAAACUUUUGAUAUGGAAUAAAGUAAUAGCUGCUACUUUCACCCCUUUACAAUGUAACAGGAAUAUUGAAAAAAUAAUAACUCAUUUCUAGUUACUACCUUUUAAAGAUGAAAUAUUGGAAUGAGGUGGUCUGAGGUAAUUUUGUUGCAGAAAAGACCCAUCCUAAUACUAUACGAGCAAUCACCUCCUGAAUUUUGUUGCAUGAAUUUAGAAACACCCUGUAUAUCGGACUACCUCACAUUUAAGUGUUCCUUAACUUGAAAAUAAGAAGUGAAAAGAUGAUAUUGAAUUAUUUCAAAUAUUUCUGACAAUAUCCUUACAUGUUUUUAAUAAAUUUUGCGAAAUAACCAAAAAAAAUUAACAGCGUCAAAAAAUGAGUAUUUAUAGUAGUACUAAGAAACUUUGUAAACUAAAAACGUUGCAGGAAACUCUUUUCAUUAUCUGAUAUACAUACGGAGUUUAUAGCGCUUUCUGGUAAAUGGUUAAAUGCUUAUUAAUGUCUUAUUCAGUCUUUCUUUAAGUAAACCCUAUUACACUCGAGUAGUUCGAGUGAUGCCUACCGCGUGGAGAGGCCUGUGGAUAUUGAUCUUGAAUUUCUGGAGGUUGUAGUAUUCGGGAAAGAUGUACCUUGGUAGCUCACACUUCUCUGGAGAAAGGGGUGGGAUACUACCAUUUGUCCUAGUCGUACCAAUUUAUUAAAGUCAAGUUAGCGACAUUUUAUCCAUUAUUUAAACUGUGAAAGUUCCUGAUCAACUCUGGAUCGCUCAUAAGUCGAUUUGUUCUCUUCUGUAUUGAGUCGAGCAUCCUAGCUCUAAAAGCGUAAGCAAUAGUCCAAAGAUAGACGAAACUGUGCCUUGUGCAGGUUUAGAAGCAUUUGCGGAGUACAUAGCAUUUUGGUCUUAAAGAGGGCCUCAAGUUGUUGUGAAGCUACCUUAGCUAAUUCAAACACGCGACUAUGCCAUGGCAUAUUGUUUAACAAGCGAAUUUGCGGUGAUGGUGAUAUUUCAUAUUCAGACAGGACCAAAUCAUAAGCGGUAGUGCCCCAGCUUUCUUUGUAAAAACAGCAGCCUGGGUUUUUGCUGCAUUGAAUUCAAUCAGAUCGCUUCCACCUCACUUCAGAAUGUUUUUAAGAUGAAUAAUGAUGGUGGUGAUCUGUGUGUGGAAUCAAUAAAUGUAGAUUAAGUUUCACUUUAUAAUCUUUUCUCAUCUUAGACAACGAAAGAAAUUAGUUUGUAUGUAGUUUUUUUUGUGGACUAUUGUGGAUUAUUUUCUUGCAACUAUUCCCUUACAAUUCUAAAAUCUUCUGCCUAAAACUUUAUACACACAGCUUUUCUCAAAAUCUCCCAAAUUUUAUCUAGAGAUCUAGAGGCGCGGGAUCUGAAGGUCGUGAUCGCCAUUAUAUUGAUUCUCUCCGAACAAUCAAUCUGCUCGGAAAUUUAUUGCUCACCCACUGCCUGAAAGUAAAAAGUAGUGUAUUAUCAUCGCUUCAGUAACGAAAUGCUGCAUGUUAACAUUCUCUUUGAAUAAACAUAUAUAUAUAAAAAUACAGUGAAUAUUAUGAAGAUCAUUCGAGUUUUCAAUUACAAACAUAAUAAUUUUUCAGAAUUCAAUCCUUCUGUUGAUAUUUUCGUCGUUUUUUAGUCAUUUAGUGAAUUCAUUUCAUAAAUAAAAAGCUAAUGUACGAACCUGUACCACGUCAAAAUAAACUAAAUUCCUUCUAAUAAUUAUUUAUUACCUAAUAUUUUGCUUCUUCAUUAUUUUCUUCAAGAUUAAAAGUGACAAAAUUUACAGUUAUCUCAUACGACUCAACUUCCAUUUUAUAUUUAUCAUUAUAUAACAAAUUUGUUUCUAAUAACAAACGUUUUCAUCCUUAUCACCAGAUUUCUCCCAAAUUGUGAAAAAAGCAAUUAAACGAUAUUUGGAAUUAAUUAUUCAUCAGUUAAUCUCCCUUUCCUUUAGAGAUUGUGUCAAUCCCUUGAUACAGAAUUGUAGUUCUUACAAACUCACCCUCUUGAGAAUUAUGAAGUAUUUAAAUCGACAUUCUGUUUUUUAUGGUUUUUGAAUAAUGUUAAUCUAUCUAGUGAUUUUAGCACAGGAAUUCGCAGUGUUUAUUUAUCUUCAUUAAUUUUAUUUAAUUGAUUUUAUAUUACUUACACUACUUAUCCAUCAUUGCAUGGAUUAUCCAACUUCGUUUCGUUGUUUGUUAUCUCCUCUUUACUAUGCUCAAUUGUCUGAUUUGUAAGUUAAUCCAUUAUCUACCUUUUGAAUCGAAUUUUGAGGUACUUAACACUCUUAAAAUUGAUAUAUAAUUUUUUCCUAAUAAUCUAUUUUGAUUUAAAAACCUCGCUUCAGUCACAAUAUCUAAUUAAAAUACUAGUUUUCACAUGUAAGUGAAUAUUUUUUACACAAAUAAAUACAUAUUGAAGCUUUUAGAUUCGACACUCAAUAUAUUUGGGCUUAAUUUUACCUUUUGUUGCUAUUUUUCAAUAACUUUCUUUUGAAUAUGAGAGAAAUAUAAAAGAUAAAAGCUAAAAGUCAAGUUUUUUUAUGUCUGAUAAUAAAAAAUAUUUUCAGUUUUUGCUGUUAGUUCGAUUAUUCUCGGAUUGUUACUUUAGUUUCGAGUAAACAAUCAAAACAUUCCGGAUUUUAUACGUCCGAGGUAGUUUGCCUAUAUACUUCGGAAAAUGUCAAUAAUAAAGCAGACUAAAGAUUUUUUUUCUUAAUUAUGCAUUUUUACUUAAUUUAUAUGUGAUUUCAUACUUAUUAUCUGAUGUUUUAGUUUGAAAAGGAGAUUAAUACUUUGAAGAGUAAUUCGGUUUGUACUAUGACCAGAUUUAUUCUGUUUAAUGAUACAAAAUUUCAAUGAAUUUUCGAAAAAUUGAAAGAUAAGUUGAAUUUAUUCAAUUUAUAUAUUGAAAGAAAAGAAUGCUCACAAAUUCAUUCAUUCAUUGGGUUAUUCUAGCACUCAGAUCAUUCUGAUUAAUGUAAAAGCAUGUAAAUUAGAGUAUAUGGUACAAGUAGUAUUGACCGUUUCAAAAGGUAUGUGAUGUUAUUUGUGAUUUUCCCUAAGUGAAAAGUUGAAUGAAUAUAAUACUUUUGUAAAUGUAAUUGUUUUAACAAUAAUGCUGAAGUAACAAUCACAUACUUGGAAAACUCAGCAUUACUGUAUUUUUAUUGAUUGAAAAAUUGUGUUUUGUAAAUAUGUCGAAAAAUUUAAAUUAUUAAUUCAGUUGUGUAGUAUGUCACUAUUACGUAUAUAAAUACAUAGAAUAUUAAAUGUGUAGCAGUAUUAUCAUAAAUUUUUAAUAUUAAGAUAUUGUUUUUGGAGAUAUUUCAUAUACUAUAUAUGUUAGAGAAUUAAUGUAUCAUUUCCAUGUACGAUUAGUAAUAUAGUAACUUGUAGGAGCAAGUAUCACAAAUUCCAUUGAUUUUUUAGAACCUAGGAAACCUUCUAUCAUCUUAUCAAAAAAACCCGCUGCAAUUCAAAAAUUUAUAUCUCAAAGUUUUCUUUGAGAGCAAGACAAACAGUUGAAGGCUUUUCCAAACUUUCCAUGUCAUUUUUUGAAUGGAGAUUUCACUCAUCGCCUCAUAUUAGUUUCACGUAUUCAUUGAUAUUUCUUUCUCUUUCUUUCGAGCAAUUCCCUGAAUCUCAAAUAAUAUUAUGCGUUUUUAUCGACUCGUGAUAAGGCAUUAGUGAAUUUUUUUAAAAGUGGUCAAUUGUACGUUAUACCAUAUAACAUUGUUAAUUGUUUUCCCCUUUCAAAAUAGUCGAUGAGCAAUAUUCUUUGUCUAUCUCAAUAUAUAAGGGUUCACCGACCUAACAAAGAAACAACACAUUAUUUUAUAAUCGAUUUUAUGUUUCCUCUAUCUAAACAUCUUGUCUUUAUGAUCUUUACAAUUCAUUGUUUUUUACUGUUUUUUCAUCACAUGAGUGUAGUGGUGAACCUGUAUUUGAUCGAACCUUAUGAAUUAAGGAAAAAACCUCACUCAUUUGGCUUUAACCGCGUCAAUAAGGCCUGGAAAGUGUUUAUUCGAAUACACUCUUAGUCCAAAGUGAGAAGAUGCGGCAACUAACGCGCGGAUAGCUUCUUCAGUCUUUAUAUGGCAUAUGCGUUCUAUUGUUUUUAAAGGAAAUAUUUCCAACGUCUCGGUCUCAUCUUCACUAAAACCAAGUGGGAAUCGUCAUAAAACACGUUAUUAUAACAAAUAUCAAAUCAUAAUUAUUUAGUUAAGAUAACUCGAGAUAAUCCAAUGAAGGAACUAUCGAAAAGAAAUGUAUUUCCAUCAAUAUUACCAAUAUAUUUGUAACAAUA